AUGGUCGACCACACCAGCGAGCCGUUGGCUCCAAGACGGCAUUCGGUAUUUACCGUGCCCACCCUGUCCCCUACUCAAACUAAAGAGAUGUCAGAGGAUACUAAACUUUCUAACGAGCUUGAAAAAAUCAUACUGACGGAAAAAUGUCAAGAUGAGAAAAAAAUCCAAUCGCAUGAACCUUUAUUCAAAGAUAUACAAAAUGGUAUCAUUUUUCGACAAUAUGUCGGUGAAUCAGAUCUAAUCAACAUUAUCAAUCUGAUUGGUAAAGAUCUCUCGGAACCUUAUUCUAUAUACACUUAUCGAUAUUUUAUAUACAAUUGGCCUCAUCUAUGUUUAUUGGCUAUCAAUGAGCAUGAAACUUGUGUUGGCACAAUUGUUUGUAAAAUAGAAACUCAUUCAGAAGAUAUUCGAAGAGGAUACAUAGCUAUGCUUGCAGUUGAAGAAAAUUAUCGUAGAAUUGGGAUUGGAUCACGACUGGUUCAGCUUGCAAUUGAACUUAUGAUUAAAAAUGGUUGUGAUGAAGUGAGAUAAAUUUUUCAACACUUUUGAUUUCGAAUUUGUAUUCACAGUAUCGUUGUGCUGUUUUCGUAUUCAUUCAAUUGCUUUAUUGUUGUUAUCAUAACUUGUUAUUCAUCAUUAUCUGAGGUAUUUAUUCAUUGAUAUGAAAAUUUUUAGUACAACGGUACAGCACUGCACUGUCUUUGCUUUCUGUAACCAACAUAGUGGGUAAUACGUACUCAUUAUGUCGUAAUAGUUGUAGAACUGAACCUCCAACACCAUUACUAAUCAGAAUCUCACCCUAACUUUAGUUUAAUCAUGCGAAAUGUAUAAUUCAAAGCUGAAUACCCAGCUAUAUCUUUGAUUAUAAGGUAGCAUUAAAUUCUAUACACCAUAAGAACUUAUCUAGGUGUACCCGUACUAUUUUAUGAAAUUGUUCACGUCAAAGAGGUUUUUAAUUCUAGAUUAACAACCCAGUGAUAUAAAUCAGUUGGUCAUAAUCAACGUGAAGCUGGACACAAAUGUACGUCAGUCCAAGUCGUGAUACUACAGAAAAACAGUAUUUUCCAAGUAAAAAAAUUACAGUAGAUUGUUUUGGAAACAGAAGUUACCAACAAACCAGCCCUUGCACUUUAUGAACAGCUUGGAUUUUACAGAGACAAACGGCUUCUUCGUUAUUAUUUGAAUGGAAGAGAUGCUUUUCAGUUAAAAUUGUGGCUAACACCGCGUAUGAGCAAUGGGAUUUUCUGAUUUCAGUGUUCAGUUAUUUACUGAUGUAUUUUUUUUACGAUUCCUUGUAAAUAUGUGCUUUAUUUUGAUGAAACUUAAUUUUCUUGGUUUAUAUCUAUUCAUAUUUUGUACAUUAAAAGAUGACGGACAUGUACACUAAGUUUUCCUUUUAUUCUUUAUAAUACACAAUAAUUCUGAU